CUUCCCCGUCCAGCCCCUACUCGCCUCAGCUUUUUCCUGGUGGAGGCGCUUCUACGACAUCGAAACCCACAAUGUCGUCCACUGUCCGAGGCCCAGGCAUGACUGAGAAGUCUACGCAGCCAUCUAAAUCAACGCCGGAAUCGAGCCCGGCAGAGGUUGUGUCCCCCGCCAAAGCGUCCACCGCCAGCCGCGUGGCCAACCACCUCACAGAAGAUAUCCGAUCUUCCACAUUCACAGAGCUGCUCCUCGUAGUGCUCACAUUUUGCACCGGCAUGCAAGAUGCCACAACAUUUCCCGACUACCACUGUUUUGCCUCGAACCAGACCGGCAACACUGUCUUCCUUUGCCUAGCCCUGAUCAUGCCGCGGCUCAACGGGGAGUCCUUUAUCACCUCAAACAUCGGCAUGGCUCUUGGGCUCUUUCUCGGAGCCGGAUGGCUUACUGGCCAGCUAAGCCACAUCAUCGGGGCCCGAAGACGAUGGUGGCUCAUUCUGUGCAAUUUUGUGCAGAGCUGCUUCGUCCUGGGAGCCGCGGGCAUCCAAUACCGCUACGGCGUCGAGGACCGAGGCUCAACGGCGCUUGCAGUCGUUGGCCUGUUGGCAUUCGCUGCUGGGAGCCAGGUCGUUCAGUCACGGAGUCUAGCCAUGACCGAGAUCAGCACCGCAAUGGCGACGGCCGCCUGGGUCGAUCUCAUGAUAGACCAGAAGCUUUUUGCCGCCAAGAAUCGGCCGCGUACAAGGCGCGUCGCCUUUUUGCUGUCUUUGGUUGCGGGCUCUCUUGUCGGUGCCGUCAUCUACCGGGAGGUGGGCUCCGCGACGGCAAUUGUUGUCUCCGGGGCUGGAAAGCUUCUCGUAACUUUGUUGUACGCCUUUUCACCCGCGGAGAAGAAGGAGAGCGAGUGCUUGUCGCCUGUAUGAGAGGACAUGUGGAUAGGAAGGGGGACGAAGUGUGCGCCAAACUCAUUGAAUUUUUUUUUAGCACAGUACGGCCGGCAUGGCGUAGCGCUACAUUUGUUUUCUGGCAUGGCAUGGCAGAGCCCUGAUUCUGAGCGAAAGACAUCGAGAACAAGACUGUUUCCCGCUAGCGAAGCGGCCAUCUGGUAGAGGUUAAGUUGCCGCACUUGGAAGCAACGCUUUUAUAUACUGCACUCUUCAUUGGAAA